UGCGCGGAUUUAAAGACGACCAUGCGGGGGCCUGCGUUCUUAAAAGAAUAGCCACAUGGUGAAGUCUACGAGAAAGGUUCUGGUGGUCGUCUCUAAUCACGCUUAGAUUUUGGCUCAGAAUUGUUGCUUUCGAAAAAAUUUCCAUCACAAUACUUCAUCUGGACAUGACGUAGUUUGGCUCGCCCCGGCUCGGAAAGGUUUGACUCGGGCUAAUUUCGUUUCUCUUUGCUAUAAGCCCAGAACGGAUCAAAUCAAUUCGAAUAUGAUGGAUACAUCUAACAUGUCCCUGCCAAAUUCAUCAGAAGAUCCGUUCUCCGACGGAGCGUUCACGAGAGAGACGUCGCUAAAUGGCUCCCGAAGGGCGUCUGCCGCUCGCUCUCAGACAGCCGGAAGUAGAUCGCGUCGCGGAUCAAUCAAACGUGUAGUAGCGGGAACAAAAAGUGCGCUUCGACAAAAAAAAGUCCCGACUGCUUCUUUACGUCCGCGUAAUUGGAGGCCGAAACAUGCGAGGUUCGAAGACAACGGCGAUUCUCCUGAUCAAAGAAACGGCAACGGCAACGGCAGUAGCAAUGAGAAGCAACAUCAGGGCAAUGAGGAUGAAUUUCGCGCCGAGUUAGAGGCUUAUCUUCCCGCAAAGCUCAGCUUUAAAGAGCGCAUGAGGCAUUUUACGUGGACGUGGUUCACCAUGACGAUGGCUACAGGGGGCAUUGCAAAUGUUCUCUAUUCUAUUCCCCACGAGCUACGCUUCGACUCACUCUAUGCUUUAGGAUGCACCUUUUUUUUGCUCAAUAUUGCACUUUUCAUCUUCAAUGUCACCAUGAUCAGCAUCCGUUUCUACCUAUACCCACAUACUUUUAAGCAGUCGUUUUUACAUCCCACAGAAUCGCUGUUCAUCCCAGCAGCAGUAAUAUCGGUAGGGACAAUCCUGAUCAACAUUACUCAAUAUGGAGUGGGCUAUGCUGGCCCGUGGCUUGAGCGAGCAAUCGUGCCUCUAUAUUGGAUCUAUUGUGGACUCGCCGUCCUAUCUUCGUGGGGAAUUUUCCUGACCAUCUGGUCUACGCAAACCUUCACGAUUGCUAAGAUGACUCCAGUGUGGAUCUUUCCAGCAUACCCGCUGCUCAUAGUUGGGCCUCAUGCAGGAAAUCUUGCCAGGAAGCUGAGCCCCGAGAAAGGCUUGCCCAUCAUAGUUGGCGGCUUUAUACUUCAAGGGAUUGGCUUCAUGGUCUCGCUCAUGGUAUAUUCUGCAUUUUUAUACCGACUAAUGACGCAGAAGUUGCCCAAAGAAAGCCUACGUCCUGCGAUGUUCAUCAGUGUUGGGCCUAGUGGAUUCACAAUUACGGCAUUUGUCCAGAUGGGCCAAGAGCUACCCCGAGUGGUGAAUAAAGAUUUUAUGGGUGCGGGGUUGGGAGACUUUGCAGCAAAAGUUACUAUGGUCCUGGCGAAUUGGGCAGGAAUGUGGUUGUGGGGUCUAGCUAUAUGGCUGUUUUUGAUCUCAGUCGGAGCCCAUUUUUCAUGUGCAGCACGAGGGAAGAUGGAUUUUGCAAUGACUUGGUAUUCGUUCGUAUUUCCAAACACGGCCUUGACGACAGCUACGUUCUCAGUGUCGUACGCUCUCCAUGGCAACCUGACGGAGGCUCCUGGAUUUUCCCGCGGCGCACGGCCGUUCCAAAUUCUCGGCCUCAUCAUGACAGUUGGCAUCAUCGUCGUCUGGUUCUUCGUUUUCUUCAUGAUGAUUCGGGCCGUCAUAUUGAAACAGAUAUUGUGGCCUCAAAAACAAGAAGACAGAGAUGAGGGAGGAUGGGGCAAAGACGAGAUUCUGCGCAAAGGCGAACUCAGAAGUGUUUUUCCGAGUCGCCAACUCAGUCAUAUCGGUUCUGGUGCGAUGGGAAGUACAAUGCCACAUCUGCUCGUGACUCCAGCGGGAGAGGGGUUGGGAGAGGGCAUCGCGGCGCAUCCUUCCCAGCCCCUGGAAGCCUUGGCGGAAUCAGACGCAACAGUGGAACGUCAAAGAGAUAACAUAGAGUCGCCAGAUGGGCAACAAAUCGAUGUACAGGCAGAUGAAGAAGGCUUGUAUAUGACGAUGAGUGGAGUAGAAACUGAGGAUAAGAAAUCAAUAGACGAGAAGCAAGAAGCAUAAUGUAAUGCGACAGAAUGGUGAAACAAGGGAGCGUGAUGCUACACUGUCGCAAAAACAGAACAAUUACAAUUUAAUGAACAGAUUAAAUUCAAUGUGU